GUAUCUGAUUUAUUAUGUGUGAUUUAAAAUUAAUAAACCCAUUUACUAAGACAAGGUUUUGUUUUUAUUACAGAUGAAUAUGAAGAAGCUUUAAAGAUUGCAGUAAAGCAGGGAGGAAUCCUUCAGAUGAUUGUGUAUGACAAGAAUCAACUGUCUCAGACUGCCCGGUCCAUUAGGACAUCAGAGCCAGGCAGUGCAGUCUGGGCUGUCAAAAGAUCCCUGCAACAGUGUACCCUGGUACCUAGGUCAGCAGAACCAGAAAGGCAAAAUGAAGAAACCUCCACAGCGAUAAUGGAGCAGAGCAGUGCAACAUCGGAUGUUGUACCCACUCAGUUUCCUCCAGAUUGGUUCAUCAGAUACAUGGACAGAUUUAAGGAGCAAAUCAUACAUGAAACAGUAGUAAAAGUAACAGAAGUAAUGAAGGACAGGCUGUCGCAGAGUCCGGAUUGGAUGUUGGACAGCAAUUCCUCUUCAGCACCAGAACAGACAAAUUCUCUGAGAUCUCUGUAUGACUGGCUUUUGGCCUGCAGUAAUUGCAAAAAGAGGAUACUGGGCAUACGUUACCAGUGUAGCACUUGCCCAUCAUUCAGCAUCUGUGAAUCAUGUGAGGCUGGUGGAUGUGAUCAUGAACCCAACCACUUGUUUUUGAAAAUGAGGAGACCAUUGGAACCUAGUGCAGAAGACCCACAUCCAUCUCUUACCUUCUCCAUGGUUCACGUCAGAUUACAGAAACAAAUGAACAAGACAUUCAUGAAAGCAGAAAAGCAACGUCUGCGAGCAGAAAAAAGACAACGUAAAGCAGAAAUGAAGGAGUUGGAGAAGCAACUAAAACUCCAUCGUAGGUUUCAUCGUUGGCAUUCCUUAGAAUCCUCAAACUCACCAGCAGAGAACUCACCAAGUAGUCCUCUUGUAAUUCCCAUGGAGCCUUGCACCCAAUUCAUCCCUACACUUAGUGCUGUGUUUGUGGAUGAGAAUUUACCUGAUGGGACUCAUCUACAGCCUGGAACCAGGUUCAUCAAACACUGGAGGAUGAGGAACACAGGGAAUGUGAAAUGGAACAUGGAUACAAAGUUGAAGUUCAUGUGGGGAAAUCUGACAUUAGCAUCUUCAUCCCGAAAAGAUGCUCCUGUACCAUCUCUGCUGCCUGGUCAAGUGGGUGUUCUGUCAGUGGAAUUUGUUGCUCCAGCACUGGAGGGAACCUACACCUCACACUGGAGGCUUGCACAUAAGAGUGAGCAGUUUGGACCUCGGAUCUGGUGUAGCAUUACAGUGGAUUCACUUCCUUGUACUGACAACCUUGAUGAUCUGGAGAAAGAGAUGUCUUCCAUCAAGAUCAGUAGCCAGAAAGACCAGGAAGAGGAGGAAUAUAGUGCUCCCCAGAUCACUGGAUGUCCAGUUAAGGAGUCAGUAACUACAACUUCAAGUCACUUGAGGAGCACAAACAGUGAUAGAGAAAUGUACAUUCCUUCUGUGGAUCUUCUCACUGCUCAGGAUUUGCUGUCAUUUGAAUUGCUGGAUAUUAAUAUUGUCCAAGAACUGGAGCGUGUUCCCCACAAUACACCUGUAGUCUGUUUCUUUUUAGAUAUGACACCCUGUAUGUCUCCUCUGCCACAUGAUGGACCUUUAAUUGAAAAGCCAGGAUUGGGGCAAAUAAAAGAGGAGAGUGAUGGUGCUGUGAAAAAGUCCAAGGAAGCUGUGGAGGGUAUCACCACUCAGGAAGAGACAGAAGAGGACAUCAGUGGGACUCAGUUUGUAUGUGAAACAGUGAUGAGGAGUUUGACUCUCGAUGCGGCUCCAGACUACAAUCCACCACAAAAGAAGAGUUCCCCCCAUGGUUCCCAUCAGUCAUCACCACAGUCAAGUUUCUACUAUAGUAAGAAGUCUGAUCAUGAUAUCACUCAGAAUUCCUUCUCUGUGGUUUGUAGACCAGUUUCAGAGCAGUCCACAGUCAGAGAUACACAAAAUCUGGAACAGAAAACUGAUACAGCAAUGACUGACAUCCAAGCAGAUGAUCUAUAUGAGGUGGAACAACCAAUCCGAGAAGAGAAUCAGAGAGAUGAAGUAGAAAGCCAGGCUUCCAGUGACUCUGCUGAAGAUUACAUCAUCAUUCUGCCUGAGUGCUUUGACACCAGCAAGCCUCUUGGCGAGUCCAUGUACUGCUCAGCCCUCUCUGAGUCCCAAAGUGACAAGGAGAAAGAUGCAGAGGUCACAGUGGAUGAAGAGACUUGUGAAGAUAGUGUCCCUGUCCAGACUCACACUAUCAAUGACAUUCUUACCACAUCACAGACUCUGGACACUGUACCGCUCACCCCAGAAAUACUGACACCAUCACCUUGCUUGAGGUCCUCCAAGAUGCUCUAGCAGUUUCUGAAGAUGUGAGGCUUGAACAUACAACAGCAUCAAUUCCUGAGGCAGCCGAUACAGCUCGGCAUGAGGCUGCAGCAAGACCCCAUCCAUCAGAGGAUUUUUCUUCCCCCAGAGUGUGCUUUGAUCAGACAAGGCAAAUAAGUAGAGGAAGUAUUGCAGGUGGUCUGAUGAAGGGAGCCCUGUCUGUGGCUGCAUCUGCCUACAAGGCUCUUUUUGUUGGUCAACAAGAGAAUCCUAUG